AUGGAGCGUUGGUGUACGACGCAUCGCAUCCGCGAAUUGCUGGAUGAGUUUGUGGUUGAGCUCCUUCGCGCCGAAGCGGCGUCGGCGCCAGUAGAAACGCAUCCAGCUCUGAAAGGCGUUGCUGCUUCCGGCACUCCUGAAACUGCCUUCGAGGUGCCGUCUUCGGCACAGGUAUACGGCGAACUUUACAAGCGCACUGGUGGGCAAGCCUACGCAUACCACGCGGGUGAGCUCUUAGAGAAGUUGUCUCCCCAGCCGACCAUCGCCGCUCUCCGUGCCUUCUUGAAAGGCAAGAAGGAUGCGAAGUCAACGUGGCAUUCGGCACACCCAUACAUCGUUGUGCUUGUCGAAGGUGGCCUAGCAGCGCGUGAGCCACGUGAGGGCUCAGUUUCGUCCUUGCCGCUCCCACCGCAGCUGCAGCCUGCCGAGCAGCCGCCGACGGAAGCGUUGCUCUCAUCCACAGUUCCGUCAGCGCAGGCGGCGGCCUUUUCCGCUAUUGUGGCGGCGGCAGCGCAGUCCGUUGCUCGUGGUAUUGGCGGGCUUGUGCAUUCUUCGAUGCCUGCGCUGCUGCCUGAACCGGAUGCGGUCGCGCGCCAACUUCAUCGGCCUCUGCAGCAGCAACAGCAGCAGAAGUUGCUCCAACAGCUCGAACAGGACGUAGCGAGCAGGACCGGAGCACCCGUGGUGGGUACCGGAUUGCUUGCAGGUGGUGGCGACACUGCUGCUGCGCAAUCCGCCCCGGGAGCGGCAUAUGCAUCAGCGGCAGCGCCGCGGACACCAGUUGUGAUUGUCGGCGAACGGUGGCCCUACACCAUCGCGGAUGGUCUGGCGGUGGAGGGGCUUCUAGGCUCUCCAGUCGCGGUCUUCUCCGUGUCGAUGGACGAGAAAGGCACGGCAGAGGAGAGCAGCGCAGGCAAGAACGGCUGUGACUCCUCCUCAUGCGGCGCUCCAUCAGCGCUCUUGCAGUUCGCAUCCCGGCGCGACUCAAGCGCGCACGCAGCGCUCUUAGAGUACUACGCCGCCAAGAAGAAGCUGACAGCGCUGUCGGUGCCGGCCAGUGUCUGCCGCGCUGUGGCGCAGGAGGCAUCGCCGAACGAUGCCGAGCUAGGUGCGGCGGCGAGGGUGGCUGUGGAGUCGCUGGCGGAGCAGAUUGCACGCCACUUGCGUUAG